AUGCGAACCGUUUAUGUAUCAAUCAAAGACAUUAUUCCAGUUACCAAAAACUGGAAAGUAAAAAUGCUCGUUGCAGAAAAAUCUCCAAAAAGGAUUGCACGAAACUCAAUAACAAAAUAUCAGAAUCUCACAUUGAUAGAUCCUCAGGGAAAUCGUUUACAAGCAGUCAUAUUUGGUAAAGAUAUCGAUCUGCACGAUGAUACAUUGCAGGUUUUUCAAUCUUAUUAUAUAGGCAAUACAUAUGUCAAAGCAAUAGAUCCAAGACACAAAAUCGAAUCGCAUGAAUAUCAAUGGAUCAUCAAUUCGAGGACAAUUAUUGAAAAUGUUGAAGAUGAUGAACCAGUGCUAAAGGAUCCAGAGUACAAUAUCAUUCCUUUUAAUGAGCUUGAUGCUUAUAAGGAUACAGAUUCUGAAAUAGAGAUUCUAGCUAUUGCAAUCCAAAUGAUGCCACCCAGAGAAGUCAACACUGUUAAUGGAAAGGCAACAGUUCAAGAUAUACAACUUAUUGAUGAGAGCCUGAAGCCUUUAACUUUAACAAUGUGGGCUCGAUUUGUUCAUGACGAAUGUCAACAAAUUUCAAACAUCAUUGCAACAAAACCAAUAAUUCUUAGAAUGCGAAUUAAAGUUGGUUCUUAUGAAGGUCUAUCUUUAUCAUCACAAGUGACAAACGUGUUUACCAUCGAUCCUCUUUUACCAGCUGCGGUUUCGUUACGUACAUGGGCAACCCAAAAUGAUGCAUUACUAGAAGAAAUCAUUGCCAAGGGUUUCAAUACAUCAAGAGGAUCGAGUUCAAGCAAUGCCAUACAGGCAAUGACGGAACACCUACCAUAUUUAGCAAACAUUGCAAAUGCAAUUUUAGAAAAAGAAUGGAUUAUACACUUGCGCGCAGAGAUGAAUCAAUAUGGACAAUUACGACAGAACAAGCUCAAUGUUCUCUCUGUCGAAUCUAUAAAUUAA